GUUUAUCUAGCUUUUCUCUCAAUACCUCUCUAUCGCUGACAUUGAGCUAGCUAGCAGUUGAGACUCAGUCUCCUUGUAUUCUUUGUUAAAUACUUCACUAUCUACUCUCUAUUGCUACACCCAAAACAAAAGUUGAACUUACACCAUACCAUGGAAGGAUUGGAAGCUAAGUCCUCGACCCACCAGAAACUGAAACCACCCCACGUCGUCAUUGUCCCAACUCCGGGAUUAGGCCAUCUGAUCCCCCUCGUCGAGCUAGCGCAACGCCUCGUCGUCCACCACAACUUCACCGUCACCUUCUUCAUCCCCAACGACGGGUCGCAGCUGCAACCUCAGAAGAAACUCCUUGAAGCCUUGCCUCAAGCCAUAUCCUAUCACUUCCUCCCUCAAGUGAACUUCGACGACCUCCCUCAUGACGUCCAAUUCGAGAUGAAAAUCAUACUCACCUUGACUCGUUCACUGUCUGCUCUGCGUGACGCGGUUAAGCUCCUCGCCGAUUCAACUCGGGUUGUAGCUCUAGUGGCGGAUAUUUUUGGCUGGGAAGCCUUUGAUGUAGCCAAAGAGUUUAACCUCCUCUUUUACUAUUUCUUCAGUUCGAACGCUAUGGGGUUGUGGUUUGUGUUCGAGUUGCCAAAGCUCGAUGAAACCACCUCAUGCGAGUAUAGGGAUCUGCCGGAACCGAUCCACCUUCCGGGUUGCGUGCCGCUCCACGGUCCUGAUUUUGUAAUGCUGGUUCAAGAAAGGUCUAACGAGGCCUAUAGAGCGGCGGUGAACCUGAGCAAGUGGUAUAGGUCGGCAAAUGGGAUCAUUGUGAAUAGCUUUGCUGAUUUGGAACCCGGUGCCUUGAAGGCUUUCAGUGAGCAACGACAAGUUCUUGGUAUUCCACCGAUUCACGCGAUUGGACCGGUGGUGAACAGCAACAUGAUUCCAAGCAGAGAAGCCGGAUCGAAGGUGAAGACCGGAGAGGGCCUAGAUGUGUUCGGUAAGCACGAGUGCUUGAGCUGGCUAAACAGUCAACCAGAAGGUUCGGUGUUGUUUGUUUCAUUUGGGAGCGGUGGAACCUUACCAAGUGAGCAGAUGAAUGAGUUGGCUUUAGGGCUUGAAAUGAGUGGGGUAAGAUUUCUAUGGGUGGUUAGGAGCCCGAAUGAGAAUUCCAUAAAUGCCACUUACUUUGGUGAUCAAGUUUCCAACGGCCCUUCGAGUUUUCUUCCGUUAGGGUUUCUGGAGAGGACCAAAGAGGUAGGGUUAGUGUUACCUUCUUGGGCUCCUCAGGUUCAGAUUUUGAGUCACCGGUCGACCGGCGGCUUUUUGACGCAUUGCGGGUGGAACUCGACGCUAGAGAGCAUUGUGCAUGGUGUGCCUUUAAUUGCUUGGCCACUCUAUGCCGAGCAAAAGACGAACGCAGUUUUGCUUGCUGAAGAUAUAAAGGUAGCAUGGAGGGUUAAGGUGAAUGAUAAGGGCAUAGUGGAGCGUGAAGAGAUUUGCAAGUAUGCGAAGGGACUGAUUGAAGGGGACGAAGGGAAAGUGCUCAGAAAGAAGAUGAUGGAGCUGAAAGAGGCAUCUCAACUGGCUUUGAGCCAAGAUGGGUCCUCUACAAAAUCACUUGCGGAGGUAGCUCAGAUAUGGAAGGAUCACAAGAACUAA